AUUGCAUCAGUUUGGGUGUUCUUCGGUAUUACGAUUAUUGUGGACUCGUGUGAGGAUGUGAAUAGUGUUCUGCGUUCUCGGAAAUGUUUUCGGUCACCUAUUUAGUGAAAUUGUAAUCGUCGUGUGAGUACCUAAACAUGCAGGUUUAUAGAUUCGUUCUCGACGGAGAAGGCAUGAAAUCGUUCAACCAGCGGCAGUCGGCCUGAAAAGACACGUGAAAGACGUACAGUGAAAACUCUUUGAAUACUGUUAUUUUGUAAGUUCAUCAGCAAGUAUGAAGUAAUUCUCUGACAGUGCACAAUCCCUGGAAGCAGACGACGGCAGAUGAAUCGGGUUGGGGAAACGGAACGGAAGAUGGCGGUGCUGUUCGCGCGGAUGCUGAGUUUUCGUGAGCGCGUUAGGCGAGCCGCAACUUAACCCAUAUAUUUUGGAUGGAGAACUAAACUCGGAAUGCGGGUCCCCUGUCCGUGACCCAUUUCGAAAAUCCCGCCAUGCGUGCGAAGUCGGCCCACCGGAGAAAUUUUAAUUAAAGAAUGCGCCUAGGACCCCCUGUUCCUGACACGCCCCUUUAGUAAUGCAUUCUGUACAUCCAGAAAGUAGUAUAUCGAAGAGCCCCGAGGUGCUGAGCCUCGUUGUCGACUUGGGGACGCUCAUCGUCGAAGGGCGGACCCGACAGCGCAAUGCCAAGGGGGGCUUCCUCGAGGGCCCCCACUGCCCCAACAUCGGAUUCCCCACCCCCUCGAACCACGUUUGCGACAUCAACAACGAACAGUGUGCUUGGAUUCAACGUUUACGCUUGCAAAUUGCUUUGCUCUGGAAGAACUUCGGAUCUUUUUGUAUCGAAUUGACAGUUUCACCUGAUUGUGGGCUAUGCGGAGAAUUCAACCAGAAUUCCUCUUCAGACCAUAUCAUCGAGCAGUGGUUCAUCACAGCAGACACAAAAAAGAAGGAAGAUAAUUUUGUCAUCACCGGGAAUCACUUCUUCCAAGCCAUUCGUUCUCAGUUGCACUUUUCUCAACUCACUGCUUGGUGGCACAAGAAUGGAGGAACUAACCCAGCUCGAGUUGGGAAAAAAGUCGCUAACGUGUCAGCUGUUAACAGCUCCUUCAGUCAAUCGGCGAACGUUCAUACUUUUCCUCUGCUGAAUGUUGGGUUGCCAGAAUACAUUAAAGUGACUGUCUUGAGUGCCCCGCGUUCUGAGCAGCCUCCAAGUGUUCGUUGCACUCUUCAUUCUGUAAUCGGAAUCGGAGGAAUUCAGAUGCAAGGUAUUGGUGUUGCGGAGGACCGUGUGAAACCGUGUGAUAAACCUGGAAAGCACCGCUGCGAGUGUAAAGAUGAACUUGUAGAUGAAGCCCCACGCUCGCGGCGAAGAAGAAAACUGUCAGACCUGCUCACCCUCAAUGGCAACCUCAGCUCAAUGAAGAACCUUUCAAUAGCUGAAGAUGCCAAUAAAUUUAAAGAGUUAUCUUCACCAGACGAUAUUUUGCGAAAACGAGCUCUCUGGGGUCUCAAUAUGGACGAGAAAUUGUUGUCGGAUGAUUUUUCCAAAUGGUCUUUUGUCAACUUGUCCAAGACUUCUCUGUCGAAUGUUGCAGAUUCAUUUUCUUUGAAGCAGAGUGAACCCAAUGAUGUUCUGAGUUUUCAGCUGAGUUCUCAAGAAAUUGAAGAAGUUUUGACAGUUUUAAGGUGCCCGAGGUCAUUAUCAAGCCAGCACAACCAGUUUGGUGAGUAUCCUGCUCAAACACUCACCAAAGACUCUGCUGACUGGGAACAAUCAAACUUCCGGGAAGCAACCUACCUGCCAUGGCCUGUGCCGCGGAAAAUCUCAGAUGUUAACAAAUCUGCCGCAGGACUGGAAAAGAUGUCCGCUGAAUGUUCAACGUUCCGCCCUCCCUACCUGCGUGCUAGGACUUUAGCAACCAAACCUGAAAUGGUUUUCGAACCUAUACAUGAUCUCAAUUCGAUUGAAAAUACUGUUAAUGAUCAAACUAGUCAAACCAAUAAUCUUUCAACGCCAGUCAUCAAAUACCGUCGUGGCUCUAUCAGUUUUAAAGCUUACCCUAACAGUACCAGAGUCGGUCAACCUGUGGAUACAAAUAAAAAUAGGACGGAAUGUGAAUCAAGCGAAAAACUUUUUGUUGACUUACACCAGAAAUUGAAUGAUAAAAAUAAUAAUAGUUGUGAUACCAGUAAAAGUACUUGUUGUGAAUCCCCCUCGGUUCCCAAAAGUGAACCAUUUACUUUUACCAAUUCAAAAACCAUUAAGCACGGAUUGCGAAUCAAAACUCUCCAUGAACGUUGUCUAAUCAAUAACAUUAAUAACAGUAAAUCGAAUAAUAUUUUUAAUAAUGUCAACAGUAACGUUAUAAACAAUAAUAGUUGUAGUAGUAGUAGUAGUUAUAGUGAUAAUCUUAAUAAUUUAUUGAAAAAAAUUGAUGAUUGUGAUAUACCAAGUCUUUCUAAUGCCUGCGCUGUGAAGACCAAUUCUCAGGCUUCUACACCAUACCAGACUCCAUCAAGGAAAAACAGCGGUGACUUCUCCGGCGAUGAAUAUUCUUUCGAAAAUGGAUCACGUCCUGUACCAUCUGCUUUAGACAAGGAAAAGUUCCGGCGCUCCCUGGACUCAGCAGCUUCAAUGGUCUUUCACCAUCGCACAGGCCUACCCCUUGCGAACAGUCCCGCCCCAGCACGAAGGCCAGCCUCAACUCACUUCGAUUUCGAUAGCUCCAUCAACUCUGUCUCAGCUAUUCGAUGUGCUUUAUACGACCCAUCACCUUGUGAGAGCGAAAGUGAAGGCAACUCACCUGUGAGCACUGAACCAAAGUACUCUUUGUCGUGGCCCUCUCCUCAGACCAACUCGUCGCUGUUGGGUAAUUUUGAAGAGUCCGUCCUAAACGGUCGUUUGGAGCCUGUGAGCACUGUCCAUGGUUUCACAGCUGAUCUCGGAGCAAGUGGUGCAUUCUGCCCAUCUCAUCUCAUUCUUCCUGUAACUGUAUUCUUUUACACCCUCGGAGAUCGGGACAAAGUUUCAGCACCGUAUCUUGCUCAUAUCAAUUUAGGGAAAAAGGGAUAUGUAGUGCCUCGGAGUGGUACUAUUCAAGUUACGUUAAUGAACCCACUCGGAACUGUGAUCAAAAUGUUCGUUGUUGCUUAUGAUCUCUCUGACAUGCCUCCCAACACUCACACUUUUUUGCGUCAGCGAACAUUGUACAUGCCAGCCAACUCCAAUCAUAUUGAUCGGAAGUGGUUGCGUUAUCUCAUUCAUCUUAGGUUUUCCAGUUCUAAAUCUGGUCGUAUAUCCUUACACACUGAUAUUCGAAUGAUUAUCUUCUGUAAGUCAGAUCUUGAUACAGCAACUGAACACAAAACUGACACAUAUGAACUCAGAUCAUUUUUGCACGGGCCAAGCAACCCUAAAUUCUCUCCUCGAAAGUAAAAAUUUAUUUUAUCAAAAAAUGUAUCAAGGUAUUUUUAUCCUCAUAUUUUAUUAUUGUUGUUUUAUUUGUGAUAUAAAAAGAGAACUACUUUUAUUAUAUUAUUUCUAUAUUUUUUAAAUAUUUUUAAAAAAGAUAUUUAUAUUUCAGAAGAAGUUUCGAAAGAUUUAAGUUGCGUAAUUAUCGCAGCAAGGUGUCUACAAAUUUUAAUACCCUCAUGAAAGUUUAAAAUUAUUGUAAAAAUUAGAAAGGGGUGAAGAAUAAAAAUUUCACAGCGUCUUUCCAAAUCAGUGAAUGUUUUUUCCUAGAAUUCUGAAUCACCUGAAAGUUUUUUCUCACAAUAAAAAGUCAAAAUAUGCAGAAUAUGAAAUUAAAACUCAGUUCUUAUCUCUCAUUUUUGCCUUUAUUUUUAUAGCUUGACAAAAUUUUUCAGAAAUGAAUUUUGAAGUUUAUGUUUUAGGCGUGAGACAAAAUCCAUGCCCUUUUCUUUUUGUCCGAUCAUGGUCAAUGAGUGUUUUAUUAUCCAUUUGUAAACACCUUGAGUCGAUUUCUCUCCUCCAUUUGAGGUAUUUUCCCCUAAAAUCUCAAUGUAACCUCUGCUCCCUAACCUCAAAAUGAAGGGAAAAAGAAAAUUGUAUAAUAACCAGCUACGUAUAAAAAGCCAUUUGUGUAAAUUGUAAGCAUCCUUUCUAGUUAACGAGGUGGAUCGUGUUGUUAUACCAGAUUUUAGUUGUUUCGUUUUAGGUUAGAUAUUGUAAAAAAAUCGGCAGUCGUAAUUCAAAGAAGCUUCUUUUUUUUUGUUCUCUCAUUCUUUAUGAUUUUGCGUGUCUUCUCAGACUCUAGUUGGUGUUUUGUCCGACUGCAUUGUAUAACAUUUAAGCAAUAUCUCAUUUUCGACAUAUCUGUGAAAAGUUUUUAAACCAUAGUCCAUCAGUUUUGAUGUUUGUCAACUUAAAUUAUUUUAAUAUUCAAUGUUUCAAACUUAAAAAGGGAAAACAAACUAUUAGGCACAAGGGGUAAAGGAGCAUGGCAUCUUACGAAGUAAUGGUGACUGUUUGAAAAGUUCAUCUAUAAAUUAUAGAUCCAUGGAUUUUAUCAAAAUUGUCACUAUCUUUUACCUAUUCAUUUCAGUUUUUAAUUAUCUGCAAAUUCAUGCAUUUAGUUGUUAACAGCUACAAUAAUACAAGUUAGCUAUGCUCUUGCUUUUUAACUCCUUGCGCUUAUUUUCAGUCUACUUAUUGUCUUCCAAUCUUUUUUGAGGUGGCAGCAAUCCUAAUAUCUUGUAAACUGUUCAGUCAAAUAAGGGAAGGAGUUGCUAGGAAUCUUUGAAGUGUCUUAAAAAGAAGAAGAAUAAAAAAAAAUGAUCAGGCAGUUGUAUGUCCUCUCCAUGUCAAUAAUGUUUUUAAGUCUUUUUAAUAACAUUAUUAAAAGUCUGAUAAUUUUUUUAAACUUAGUAAGGAAGAGUUAAUGGAAAAUUAGUCUGGUUGAGUUCCAAAGCUGCAGACAAGGGCCCAAAUUUAAUUGGUUAAAGCGGCCCAAGUUAUGUUGACAUUACCGUUGAACUCAGCUGAAACUUACGUAAAUAAUAAUUUGUGUCAAUGCUACUCACAAGUCUGUAUUUUUUACAAAUGAAUAAACUUGUAAGUAAAGCCUUAGAGGUUUGGAACAUGUAUUUCUAGUAAUAAAUAAUAUAGGAACUUGGAGUAAAUGCCGAUUAAAUUUGGGUCUUGUGCUUUUAAAAGUUCUGCACGCAACAUCCAAAUGUUAGCUGUUUAUUUUUCGAUCAGUCAAUUCUAUAUCAAAAUCAAAAAAGUUUCCCUUUAACUCUUCGUGUGAUAUACUAUGUGAUACUUAAUUGUAAUCUGUUCAUCAGCAGAUAUGUUUAGGUAUUUACGUACGAAAGCUAUCACAAUGUUUACCUUUAUGUCUCCUAGCAUUAGCCAGUCUUCUAAAAUCCGUUAAGAAUCUUUUCUAUGUUGCACAGGCUGAAAGAGUCGGUCUUUCGGCUUCAAACGUUUAAUCCAGCAAAACUAAUUCCAACUUGAGUUCAUCUGAUUUCAUCCUAAGACUGUAUUCAGUAAAUUUUGCCAACUCAAUUUUGAAAAGAUAAACUUACAUUUUAAGUAAAAAAACUCUCUUGCCAUUCAAA